GAAUUUUAGGUGUAGAAAAUAUAUUCCACGCCGAAGAAAUGGAAUCGGAAAAUUCAUUUUCAGCCAACGAAAGUUUAUCUCAAGGCGAACCAACAGAUCCAGGCCGACGGGGGCGAACAAGGAGAUAUUAUCCACGUCGAGGUAAAGAUUCGGUUAGAUCUCGAGGUCCAAGAAGAAGUUUAAAUUUUUUUAUAAGCAGAUCAUGCAGUAGAGCAAAUAAAGAACCAGGUGUAGAUGAUACAGUCCAUUCUAAAACCGAAUCAGAAAAUUCACUUUCAGAACACGAAAGUGUAUCAGCAGAUAUACCAGGACAAACAUUGAGAUAUAUAUCUAGAGGUAGAAAUUUGCGUAAACGUCCAGGUAGAAGUAGGGGAUCAUUUAAAAAAUCAGAUACUACGGAAAGUGGUCAGACUCAAAACACGUGUGAAUAUUCGACGUCCAUUCAACUUUUAUCAUCUAAACAGGAACAUGGUUUAGGUCAACACCUAGAGCUUCUGAAGAACGAAACAGAGUCACCUACUGCUGAAGAAUCAAAAAAACCAACAUCACAAAAUACUGCAAAGAUUGAUACAAUCAAUAAAAAGGAAACCAUGGUGCCCGAUGUCGAUAGAGAUCUAGUAGGACCAAGCACCAAAAAAAUUGCAAGUAACCCGACCAAUGAAAAGAUCAUAAAUAAAAAGAUAUUGGAAAAAGCUAUAAUUUUUUUUAAACAAAAGCAUGGGCCAGUGAAUGAUGUUUUCGAUUUAAAGGUGCAACCCACUGGAGGUGUUAUGGUAUUACCAAAACGAUUUCUAAACAGCCAAGCAUGUGGUAAUUGUUUAAAAUACCUUUCAGUUGGACCAGUAACAAUAUUUAACACCCGUCCAUCUACUGUAUGCGGUCGAAAAGAAUGCGCAGACUAUAAAACAAGAAUAAAGCCUUUUCCACGGCCAUCUGCUUAUAACAAAAUUGCUAAAAACUAUUUUUUUAACUGUGUUAAUCAUUAUGAAGGUUGUACAGAGAUUUUUUCUUUUUCUAAAAAUGUAGAGGAACAUGAAUCUUUAUGUAAAUUUAAGAAACUAUACAAAUGUUCUUCCUGUUACAUUCGGGUGAACGCUUGUCAAUUAAUUCAACACUAUAAACAAAAGCAUCCCAAUAAUUUGGCUUAUGAGGGAGUAUUUCAGUUAAAAACAAACAAAAUUUUAUUUUAUACAGAUCAUCAACUUGUGCAAAUAUCAAUUUCAUUACUAAAUAAUACUUUAAACAUAUCAUGCAAGCAACUUAAUAGAUAUUAUGUAGUAACCAAGUAUAAAAUUAUAAUAUUUCAUCCUAGUUCCGAUAUUGAGUUUGUCUCAAAAGUUAUUGAUAUAAAUACAAAAUCAUAUUCAAUAGAUAUACGUGACUUGCCAGAAUCACUUUCUACAUCUAUACUUUUUGGAGCAAUUAAACUUUAUUGUCAAGAUCAGGCGAAAGAACCUUUUGCUAUUGUACAAAAACCAACAGAUGACUUACAUACAACACUUCUUAAGACGAUUUUGGACUUAUAUCUUAAGUCAGAAAUUAUAUGUUGUUAUUGCCAGAAUAUUAUUGGGUUAAAGACACGUGUGUUAUUUUGUCCACAAAGUCACGUGAGUUGCUCUGAUUGUAUAGAAGAUUAUUGUGCUAUUUGUGAAACUUAUUGCGAUUGGCUGGAUAUGGAAAACUUGCUUAGAGAUUUUAAAUUGACAUGUGAUUGGAAAAAAUGUAAUAAGCAAAUAAAAUGCUUGGAUUUUCCUAUUCACAAACAAAUCUGUUGUAAAAGAGAAUACACUUGUCCCGAACUAGGAUGUGAUUUUAGAGGAACCAGAAAAGAACUUACAGACCAUUGGCAUUCUACUAUUCCAUUAAUAUUUGGUUCAAAAAUAAUCAUUAAGUUACGCCAAAGUUUAUACUGGAUGACAGAUAAUUUGUUUGAAUUAUUGUUAAUAAAUUUUAAGACUGUUGGAAAAGAAGCUAUUUUGGAAGUUGAUGAAAGGUUUGCUUGUUUUCAAAACAAUUAUAAGCUAGAGCUAAUGCGCAAAAAAGAAAAUGAAAAUCAUUACAAAAGGUUUGUGACACUUGCACAAAAAGGAUCCACUAAAACGUAUAUAUCUCCUCUUUCAACAAAUUAUAUACAUAAACUUGUUGUUAAGUUAGAUAAUCCUGGAAUUAUAGAAGAUGUAACAGAAAAUUUUGUAUCCAUACAGAGAGAAACAGCAGAAUCCAUUUUAAAACGUCUUCUUAACGUAUUUAUGAAAGUCAAUUUUAAAUGUUCAAAUUGCAGCACCAUUAUAAAUGAGAAGCCUCACAUUUUUAUUUGUGAGUACAGUCAUAUAUUCUGCAGUAACUGCUUAGGUUAUUGUGUUCGAUGUACAAGUGCUAAAGUAAUAUUCACGCCCCUUGAAAUACUACUACAAAAUAUAAAGUUAUCAUGCGAUUGGCCUGACUGUACAGAAGAAACAGAUUGUUGGAAUUUUCUUUUACACAAACAGGUAUGUUCAAACAGAUUAUAUACAUAUCCUAAUUUAAUUAAAGGAAUGGAUCAUUUCUACGAUACCAAAGAAAAACUUAAAGAAAAAUGGCCCACAAACGGGAUAAAAUUAUCAUGUGGCAAAGAGAUGGAUUUUAAAAUAAACUCAGUAGGGAGCACAUUGGCAUUCUGGUUAACUUCCUACGUUAAUGAAUUGUUAUUGGUAGUUCUUUAUUUUGACAAAAAAUUAUGUUUGGAAGUAAAAGAAAGUUUGGCAAUCUUCACUAAUAAUUACAAAAUAACAUUGUAUGAAUAUAAUGAAAUUAGAACGCGGUACGAAGAAGUUGAAGAACUAACCCAGAGAGGAAACAAAAAAAUCUCAUUAAAAGGUCUAAAAGUUAGUGCAAAGUAUAGAUUAACGAUAGUUAGAGUUUAUUAAAAAUCCGUAUUAGCAAACAAAUUUCUUUACUUUGGUAUGCCUGUAUAGAAAAGAGUGAGGCAAAAUGGUUCCUGUAACAUUUUUUUAUGCUAAAAAAAAAACAGGAAAUCAUUAAGUAUUUUUUUUAAACAAUAUUUCUGUGAAAAGAGUAGAACAUAUUUUUAAGGAGCAAAACAUAUUUCCGGUACCGUUUUACAGCAUGGCUAGGGUAAAAUGAUCCCAUCCAUGAGUUAAAAUGACCCCUACAGUUUGUUUGUACAGAAAAAGUAAUAAAACAUUGUUAAUUACAAAAAUGGCAAAUAUACAUACAAUUUCUGCUUUCCAGUUACACAAACAUACAAAAGAUGGCACCAUUUAUUGCACAAGCUACACUUAAUCCAAACCUCCUUCGCCUGCGAUGUACAAAAUAAUCUCGAGCAAAAUAUGCAGGCGAUGUCAUCUCCAUCAUCAUUAAAUAUUUUAUUUUCUUCCUUUUUUUUGACGCUGGAAGUUGACUUUGAUAUUUUGUUUUUCUUUUAUCAAAAAAUACAUUGGUGUGAAGGUAAAAACCUUGUUUAUUUGAUCAAGUUUAUCCUUACAAAGGUCUUGAACUCAUUGUCAAAGGAGGUGUCUAAGGUAGUAGAGCUAUAUCUUCCAUUUAACAACAUCUUUUUACUUUGAAGUGCCAACUUUUAAAAUUGGUAUUUAAUUAUCAAUUGCAGAGCUUGUAAUGUCAACUUUAUCAUUUAAAACAACAACUUUCGGAUUUGAAGCUGCAUUGGAUAAAGUUUAAUUUUCUGAUAAUCCCUCCGGACUGUUUCUAAAAAGGUAAUAUCAUCCGAAGAUUGUCCAUUUACUUUCCAUUCCCAUCACUUGUCUGAUGAAGAUAUAAGUAUUAUGAUUUGAUCUUUUUUUUACAAGUAAAGGACGUAGAAGAGAAAAGGUAUAUCUUUUUUAUUUUUCUUCUCUUUAUAGGUAAAGAACUUGAAAGCAAAGAAGUUUUCUUUGUGGAGAAGUAGUUCUUGGUUGAUAAAUAGGAUCAACGGUUUCGUCUUUCACUAUAAGUCAAUCGGUUGUACACAAUGGUUUAAAUUUAUAAUCUGGGAAUAUGUUUGGAAUAAAAGUAUAUAUGCAUGUUGUCUCGAAUUUACUGAGUCUGUUGUUAAGUGUGGCAUCUGUUCGAUCUGAUUUUUCAAACAAGUUAGCUAAAUUGUACAGAGUUACGACUUUUCCAGGGUUAGUUUUGAGUCAUAAAAUAACUUCUUCAUUAAAAUACGCCAUUAGGGCUCUAUUUUCAACUAAGCAUUGUGUAUAUUGUUAAAAAUGAUUUAAGAACAGAAUGAAGGUGUCAGAUUUUAUGUAUCUAGAUUAGUUGUAAAGAGAGAGUAACCCGUAUGUGGCGCCUUGAUUCAUUCCUUCGUUUGCGAGGAAAUAUUAUUACUGGAGGAUUGAAUUGACCUGCAGCAUUUACACAAAGAACAAUGGUGACAUUGUAUCUCCUUUUUGACAUUGUCUGGAUACUAGAUUCAUCUAUAUUAUUUAUUCUCCUAAGAUUGAUGUUAUUUUUAUUUUGUCAUUUCAAACGAAACAAAUUAAAGCCUCUCGCUCUGGUGGCUGAGUUAGUCUCGUGAGUUCUAAAAGGAAUCUCUGUAUAUUUGUUUAAAAAAUCUUUAAACCAAACAGUUUCAGCUAACUUUUUGUUUUUAGAAAAACUGUAUUUAAUACCGUUUCUCUCCGAAAGCUCGUAGACUAUUUCACAAAUGUUUUUCUUCGUCAUGACUUUGGUCUUCCAUCUAUAAAACAUAAUCACUAUUGUAUAAAACAAUAUUGUAGUGAAUUGACCAAGGCUUUAGAAAUAAUCUGUUACUUAAAAGAAAGUUCCGAUCAUGUUCUGACAUCUAUUCUAAAAAUUAAGUAGUCUACAUUUAGUUCACUUACCCACACUUAAGUACUUAAGAGCAGCAACAAUUAUUUUUGUAAAGAUGGUAUACCUUCAUUUUGAUUAUAAUAAAAAAUAUUACUGUAUAACUUAAAACUUUAUUUGGUAGGCUAAGCAAGGGUAAAAUGGUCUCCCACAUGAAGGUCAUUUUGCCUCAACAUGAAGGGACAAUUUGACAUCAAAAUCUGAUUACAUAUUAAAAACUAAUUUACAUAAGUGACUUCUGAUAAUUAGAGAUAUUCCAACGUAUAUGAAAUAAACAGAAAAAAAUGCCUUUUUAAACUACAUUAAAAAAAUCUACCUACUUUAAUUCAAACGCCUAAAACACAAUUUUUUUAAGCACGAAAUUAGCAAUAUUACAUGUUUUGAAUGGGCUCUAUUAAAACUAGCCUUUAAUGCUAAUAAUACACUAGGGUGCAAAAUUAACCGGACACCCAAAUUUUUCCUAAAAACUGGCGUUUAAAAAAGUUUAAGAUGUUCCCAAUUAAGUAUUUAUUAAAAAACAAAAUUUAAAAGUUUAAUUUACCACAACUCAAGAAUGUUACAUAGAAAAAAUACUAAACAAUUAAAAAAUUUGAAAAUCUGCAAUUAGACAAAAAUUAUUAUUUUUUAAAUAUAAACAUUUUGUAAUGGAAAACGAUAUUUAGUAGAGUGUAUUACCUCCACGAUCUACGAGCCCCAAUUAUGGCUCUCAUUCGAUCAGGCAUACUUCGGAUUAAGGCAGCAAAGUCUGACUCUUUAGGGAUUUGCUCCCAUUCGUCACGAAUUGCUUGCUCCAAAUCAUUUAUGGUUUCAAACUCACCAUGGUUACGUCGAAUACGUCGUUUCUAAUUAUCCCAUGCAUGCUCUAUUGGAUUUAAGUCUGCACUCCUUGGGGGUCAUGAUAAUAAACGAAUGCCAACUUCAUCAAAGUAAUCAUGUGUUAUUCUUACGAUGUGUGGACGAGCAUUAUAUUGCAUUACACGAAAGUUUUCUCCAACAAAUGGAGUAAAUGGCACUACACGAUCUUCCAAAUAUUGCUGAAUAUACCGUUGAGCCUUGAAAUUACCCCCUUGAAUUGUAACAAGUUCUGUAUGAGCCUCUAGGGAAAUGCCUGUCCACACCAUUAUACCACCUCCACCGAAUUGAACUCUCGAAGUAAGACAACAUUGCUGGUAAGGUUCACCAGCUCUUCUCCAUAUGCUAGGCCGCCCAUCUCAUGAGUACCUGUUAAAUCUUGAUUCAUCCCUAAGAAGCACAGCACUCCAAUCGUCAACACCCAAAUUAAGAUGUUCGCGAGUGAAGCGUAAACGUUUCCUCCGAUGAUCUGCUGUUAAUAGAGGUCCCUUGGCAAGUAAUCCACAUUUAUUUAAGCGUCUUCGAACGGUAUCAACAGAAACUGUGUUUCUAUGGACAUGAUUUAAUCGUUGAACAAGCACUGGUGCUGAUAAUGUACAAUCGCGUAACGCUUGUAACCUAAGAAAGCGAUCUUCAACUUAACUUAAAGUUCUUCGUCUACCUUGAUCUGGCCUCCUGGUGUAUUGUCCUGUUUCCCGAAAUCUUUGUAUUGCAUUAAACACUGUACUUCGAGAAAUUCUCAAAGCAUUUGCGACUUAACGAAUACUCCGCCCAUCAUCCUGUAAGGCAACAGCUGGUGCUACUUCUUCCGGUGUCAUAACUUUUUUAAUGAAAGAUUUAAACAGAAGACAAUAUAAAAAGUUACAGUCGAACUUAUAAUCAGGUACAGUACCACAAUAAACUUAAAUAAUGCUCAUCCACUAUUUCACAUUAAUACCAAAAGGCAUGUGUAAAAGUGUUGUUGUUCGCACAAAACAUCUAAGCAGGUACAAACAAGAAAAAAAACGUUAUCGCUAAUAUGGCAUAAAAUACAAUUCAAACAAAUUAAACAAGUUUUGAUCUAAACACCAACAAAAAACAAAAAAAAUCUAAGUGUCCGGUUAAUUUUGCACCCCAGUAUAUAUAUUUACAGCUUCAUACAUAAGUGGUACUAGUAGUACUGAAUAUGACAAAGAAAGCUAAAUGGCCGUUUUAUGAAAAUUAUGAGAAAUAUGUCGAGGGAGCAUUUUACCGGAGGGGACUAUUUUACCCGACUUUCCCCUGUAUUAUAAUAUAUAUUACGAUAUUGUAUUUUGAGGUAACUUAAAGAAAAAAAAAUAGUUUAUAAUUAUAUUUAAGUUCAAUAAAUUAAUAAAAACAAAAGAAUAAUAUAAAUGCCAAAUUUUAAUUCUGUUGAAUAAAUUUUAUCUAGGUUCCCUAGGUUCUGAA